AUGCUCGCCCGCCGCCCCCGACCCCCGACCCCUCGGGCCGCCCCGGCUGCGGGCUGCUGCGAGCCGGGCUGGCGGGACGUGGGGGAGGCGCGCGGCGCGGCGCGGGGAGCGAGUAUGGCUUCCAUUUUGCCUGCUUCUAAUAGAUCCAUGAGGCCUGACAAGAAUGCAUAUGAGAGAAGAAAGUCUGUGUAUGUGAAGAAUCCACACCUGGAUGCCAUGGAUGAAGACAUCCUCUAUCACUUGGAUUUAGGAACCAAAACACACAACCUACCAGCAAUGUUUGGAGACGUAAAGUUUGUCUGCGUUGGUGGGAGCCCGAACAGAAUGAAGGCAUUUGCUCAGUUUAUGCACAAGGAACUCCGGUUGGAGGGAGAUGAAGAAGACAUUGACGACAUCUGCGCUGGGACAGACAGAUACUGCAUGUUCAAAACAGGCCCGGUGCUCUCCCUCAGUCAUGGGAUGGGCAUCCCCUCCAUUUCUAUUAUGCUCCACGAACUCAUCAAAUUACUCCACCAUGCACGCUGCUGUGAUGUUACCAUCAUCAGAAUUGGAACGUCAGGGGGAAUUGGGAUUGCGCCAGGCUCUGUUGUAAUAACAGACACAGCUGUAGACUCCUUCUUCAAGCCUCGGUUUGAGCAGGUCAUCUUGGAUAACGUGGUCACGCGAAGCACCGAGCUUGACAAAGAACUGGCUAAUGAUUUGUUCAACUGUAGCAGAGAAAUCCCCAGUGUGCCAACCCUCAUCGGACACACGAUGUGUACCUACGACUUUUAUGAAGGCCAAGGCCGCCUAGAUGGAGCAUUGUGUUCCUUUUCCAGAGAGAAAAAGCUAGACUACUUGAAGAGAGCCUACAGAGCUGGAGUCAGGAACAUUGAAAUGGAAUCGACGGUGUUCGCAGCUAUGUGUGGGCUGUGUGGCCUGAGAGCUGCUGUGGUCUGUGUGACACUUCUUGACAGACUCGAGAGUGACCAAAUCAAUUUGUCUCAUGAUGUCCUGGUGGAGUACCAACACCGGCCACAGCUCCUAAUCUCAAAUUUCAUCAAAAAACAGCUUGGACUUUGUGACCAGAUGUCAUAACUCCGAAUCCCGCCGCUCUCCUGAGAGUUGGUACACAGAGCUGCAAGGAUGGAGCCAUGUGUUGUUCAUAACAUUUUUAUGUAAUUCUCAUUCUUGGGCUAAAAUCAUAAAAGAUUUUUAUG